GCCGGGCGUCGGGAGUGCGUGUCUUCCUAGUGCAGAGCCGCUUGAAUGGCCUCCGCGUGAUCCCAAAAUGCAGCCCGCGCCUUCAUUCGGAUAGAAACGCAACCCGCGAUACGCGCAGCGCCUUCGCUCGGAUAAAUGCAACCCGCACCACGCGCCGCGCCUUCAUUCGGAUAAAUGCCGCCCGCCGCACGCGGGUGAUACAGUGAUGGGGUGGCUCUCCGCGUGGCUCGUGUUGUGCGCGAUCGAGGUGACCCGCGGCUUCGUCCUCGACGGAUCGCCGACCUCCUACGCGCGCUUUCGGAAGUGGAACGCCGGGCUGAACGGCUCCCUGGAGUUCGAGUUCAAAACCGACCAGGCCAACGGGCUGCUCCUGUACACGGACGAUGGCGGGAUGUACGACUUCUUCGAGAUCAAGCUCGUCGAGGGGGCGCUCAGGCUCCGGUACAACCUCGGCGGCGGCGCCCAGAUCGUGACGAUCGGCCGGGACCUCAACGACGGGCAUUGGCAUAAGGUGCAAGUGCGUAGGCGCAACGAACGGACUACGUUGAGGGUGGACGGCGAGGAGCAGACGAGGGUCUCGCGAGGCAGGGAGUUUCAGUUCGGGCGGUUGCAGAGCAAUUCGGAUGUGUACAUCGGAGGGAUCCCAGCGUGGUAUUACACCAAGUUGACCCUCUUGGCACUGCCCAGUGUGAUAUUCGAACCCCGUUUCCGGGUGGCGGUCAGGAAUGUCGUCUAUGCUGACCAGUCGUCGCCGGUGCCUAGGCGCCAGGAGUUCAACCAGGAGGUCUAUCACUUGUGUUCCGGUUUCCACUGCUCCGGACCCCUGCACCGGAAUAAAAAAACAACGAGUUUCCACGCCAACGUGAGUGACGUAUGCGAAGAACGUGACCCAUGCCAGCAUGGCGGAUUAUGCAUAUCUACAGACACAGGCCCCAUCUGUCAAUGCAGGGGACUCGACUACGAGGGGCCUUUCUGCGAAAAAGAUAAAAUGCCUGUGGAGGCUAUGUUCGCCGGUGUUGACUAUCUUCAGUACAAUUUCGAAAAGCCUGGCUUUAAGCCACACAUUAGUAACGAGGAUUCUCUCACGUUUUAUUUCAAAACCAAGAAACCCAAUGGACUGUUACUUCAUUCAAAUGACAAAUUGCAAGUCCUGACGAUAUCUCUUCUAAGUGGUUAUGUCUCCGUCUCAAUGCAACUAGGAAAUGGAAAAUUAGAUUUAAAAAUUAAACCGCACAAAAUAAGAUUCAACGACAACCAAUGGCAUAAAUUCAGCUUGAGUCGGAGAGUCUUAGAGAUAUCUGCUGUCACCAGUUUUUGUCAUGUAUCGGCAGUCAUCGAUGACGCCUAUUCGGAGCAUUCUAGCACGGCUGGAGCGUUUACCUCCUUAAUUAUUAGUCAUGUUUUCAUUGGUGGAAGCGAUGAAAGUAGCAAACUACCUAUUUCUAGAUACUCAGGUUGUCUCAGGAAGAUGGAAUAUCACACUGACUCAACAUCACUAAACUUAUUGGAACUAGCCAAGGCUUCAAGUAAAUCUGUCUCAGUCGUUGGUAAAGUGGAGUUUUCCUGCAUAAAUCAUGACAUGGGGGACCCAGUAUCUUUCAAGACAUCCGAAUCGCACUUAGUUCUUCCAAGGUGGCAGAUAUCAAAGAAAAAUUCCAUCAAAUUUAAACUAAGGACAAUCGAACCGAAUGGCAUCAUAUUUUUUUGUGAAAGUGAUAGCAAUGCCAAAGUCAAGGGUUUCAUAAGCUUGGAACUACUAGAGGGUAAAAUUAGGAUGUAUAUCAAUUUUGAUUCGAAAACCGCCAUCACUGAAGCAAAGAGUCCUCGUUUGGAUGAUGGUGAAUGGCAUGAAAUCAGCGUUCAACAACACGGGAAAAAUGGUUCCCUGACUGUAGAUACUUUCAACACAGAAUUAGUCAUACCUGGAACUGUGGGUUUCCUGAACCUAGAAGGCGAUCUAUUUUUAGGUGGUGUCGGUCACAAGAAACACAAUCUGCCAUCCGUCAUAUGGUCAAUAGCUCUCAACCAUGGCUUUGUAGGAUGCAUAGGAAGUCUUUUGAUCAAUGGCGUCGUCCAGAAUCUGGCUGAACUUACUCAUCAACAAGAUUCUCAAUCUGUUGUGCCAGCCUGCACACUGGAGAAGUUGCAGUGUGUGACUCUGCCCUGUAUGAACGGAGGUGUCUGCACGGAAGGUUGGAAUAGGUUUAUCUGCGAUUGCUCAAGAACUGCCUUCACUGGACCUACUUGUGGAAAACAUGCAACAACGAUGAGUUUCAACGGCACUCAGUACUUGCUCAUAGCAUUACCAGUAGAGCAGCAUUCUCAAGUAGAAGACUUAAUUUUAAGAUUCAAGACGGAUAGCGCAGAGGGGCUUCUGUUGACCUCCCACACCAGCUCCAAUCACGAUAGAAUAACAAUAGCGCUCCAUGAUGGGGUCGUAUCCGUCACCAUUCACAUAGCUGAUAAACAAGAUAUGAUAUCAAGUGGCAUGGAUCUGAAUAAUAACCAAUGGCACACUAUAAAAUUUUCCAGGCGCGGUGCUUUCUUGAACCUUCAGGUCGAUAAUCUACCUCCAGCUACAGUGGAAUCGGUGUUAGGGGCAGAAAUCGAGCUUCAUUAUGAGGUCAUUCAUGUGGGCGGCCUCUAUCAACCCAAAGCAUUUCAAUUUGAAGCCUCCACACCCGGAUUUGUGGGACAAAUGCAGCAGCUCACCUUUAACGGAGUGCAGUACUUUGAAAUGGCUAAAACUUUCUCCGUUUUGAAUGAUACUGCUAGUACAAUACAGAUUGAAAUGACAUCAAAUAUGGAAAAGCCGAUGGAGCCUCAUCUACACCAUGUCGUGACUUUCCAUUCUAAGCAUACUUAUGUCGGUCUGCCAGUUCUCCAUGCAUACUCCUCGCUCAAUAUUUUCUUCCAGUUCCGCACACAUGAGCCAAAUGGUUUAAUCCUCUACAACUCAGGUUUUGGUGAGGACUUGAUUGCUUUGGAAUUGAUUGAUGGACACCUUUACUGUACAUUAAACUUCGGCGAUGGACCUCUCCAAAUCAAAGAUAGCUCUGGCACUAAACUGUCAGAUGAUCAAUGGCACUCAGUCACAAUUGACCGAUCUACCUUACAAUACCAUGCUCUUGUUGUGGAUGAUCAUGUAUCCAUGGUUACCAACACCGGCAAGAAUCAAUUUUUGGACUUAUCAGGAAUUUUGUACCUAGGUGGAGUUCCGAAAGAAAUGAGUCAAAAUUUACCGAAAUACAUUGUAUCGCAGCAUGGUUUCAAGGGCUGCUUUGGCAGUCUCGAUAUGAACGGUGAAUCUCCUGAUAUUCUACAAGAUGCCUUAGUUCCUAGCUUGCAAGUCGCCAAAGGCUGUGAUUCUGAUUCUAUCCCAGGUGAUAAAACUAAAUGCCGUCCUGACGUGUGUUCUAAUAAAGGAGUCUGUGUUCAGCAAUGGAAUACUUUCACUUGCGACUGUGAUCUCACCUCUUUCACUGGACCUAAUUGUUUGAACGAGUCUGUGUCUUUUGAAUGGGGCCCGGAAAGAGGCUUGAUCACUUUUGUGUAUCCAAAAGAUCGACAACCAGAAAUGCAGAGUGAUGUACUUGCUCUUGGAUUUUCGACAACUAAAGAUGAUGCAGUUCUGUUUCGAGUGGAUAGUGCCACAUCCCACGACUACAUUGAAUUGAAAAUUACGGAUGGGCUUAUAAUUACAUUGUACAAUAUGGGCACAGCAGAUCAUUCAGUCACAGAUCCGAACAUCAAGGUCAAUGAUAAUUUCCUCCACGUUGCUCGCAUAAGUCGAUCUGGUCCCAAUGUCACGCUUCAGAUCGAUGACUACAAUCCACAUAGUGUCUAUCCAUCAGGCUACCAGCUAUCUGUGUUCAACAAACAAGCCUUCAUCCAAAUCGGUGGCAAGUGGAAUCGGUCCAUGCAGCGAAUCGAAAAGCCCUAUCAAGGAAUAAUAACAGGUCUUGUGUUCAAUGGUCAGCGUCUCUUGGACCUUAGCGCUAAACGAGACCCAAGAAUAGAAAUUCGAGGAGACGUCACUCAAGUUUUUGGGAUUCGAGAGAAAGUCAUUGAUCCGUAUCUGCACAUGCAACAGACACCGCCAUCAGGCACUCCUGAAAUCAUGGAUGAUUUGGUUUUCUCCGGAGCCGGCUCAGGGUGUAGCACAGAUGACGAAGACCAGUGUACAUCAAUUUUGGAAUCAGGAUCAGGAGAUGAUCUCAUUACGCCUGUAUAUGUAGCACCAACCCGUCCGCCAGUCACAACCAAAGGUGACACAUCCUCAAAAGAAUCCGGAAAGCCCUGCGAUGAUGAAGACUGUUUUGCAGGUUCAGGAGCUGGAGAAAUUACAGGAACAGAAACAACUCUAAGCAACGACUCAUUCAGCUCAACGCACAUCUUCGGCCCGAGCACCUACGAUCACUCAACCUCGCAGAAAGUCUCUGAGACGGCACCAACCUCUCCCUCCACAGAAACAUCCUUCUUCCAGACGGAUCUCACGGGUGGUUACGGGUCCAGUUUUGGUGUUUCCCAUUCUCACACUCCAACCUCUCUAACAACAGAACGCACAGAAUCUCCUUCAACAUCUUCGACAACAGAAGUGACCUCUCCGCCCACAACGCCAACCACUACAAUGACCCCGUGGUAUCCUCCGACACCCUUCAUCCCUCCGCGCCCCCCUCCACCCCCACCUCCUCCACCACCCACAAGAAUCACCUCGGAAACGGCAGAAUCCACUGCGUUUGUUAUUCUGGUCGUAGCCGGAACUCUGAUCAUUAUCAUUUUGAUUAUCUUGUUGAUUUUGAAGCUGAAUCAACGCUCGGAUAUUGUCUAUAAAGUCGACGAUGGCAAGGGUUAUCAGUCUUGUCACGGUCAAAAUACAGCGCUGCUGCCAGCGGGUAAUCAUCAGUCGCCGUCUAUGCCGCACGGGCUUAACGGCUAUAAAAAUACCAAAACAAAAAAACGGGAGGUCAAAGACGUCAAAGAGUGGUAUGUCUAGCAUCGCGUUUUUGUAUGUUUUCGUUUUUUAGGUUUUUUAUUUUUGUGAUAUUUGUUUAUUACUUUUACUUGUGGUGUUAUUGUUAUAUUUUGGGGGUACCAGCAGGAAGGCGCCUUACUUUUGCGAUUUGUAUUGAUAGUAAGAUGAGUAAUAUUUUCUUAAUUCUAAAUUUUUCUCUGUCUCAAUUUGUGAUGUCGGGAAAAUGUCUAAAGUGUUUUUUCCCUCGAUUUUUUUUUUGUAAAACUAACAUUUUCAGCAUCAACUAAAGCCUUUUCAAUGAAUAUGAUAAAAUUAUGAAGAAUUCAGUUGAAAAUAUUAAUUUUUAUUUCAGCUGAAAUUCUUAUU